UGUCAAACAGACUGGACCACGUGAUGUCAUUCCGCCCUGCUCCGUCAUAGGGACAUUCUUGUCCAUGUCAAACCCAAAUCUCAAACUCAACUCAACUUAAUUGGCUACAACUUCCAUCUCCAUCAUCAACACCAACGACAUCUUGCAAUAACACCAGCAAAGGCACCACACUACUCCGUACAGCCAUACCAAUGGCGACAAUUCCACGAUUCCUCCUACCUCGUCUGACGUGGGGAGGCGCUGGCGUUCGCACCGCUCAGCCUCUGGCUCUCAGUGCAACGCUUCCUGGCCACCAUGUUCGACAGCGACGAGAUAUCUCAUCUACGACUUUCUCGCCAUCUUCGCGCCCCCAAAAUCUCCACGCCCCAAGACAACGCGCAUCUUCGUCGCGAUCGACAUCUCUGCUCACUUCGAGUGCGCAGCUUGGCUUUCGGCGCGCCUUUCACGCGACCCGCCAGAUGCAAAAGGACCACCACUUCGACACGCUCAAGUUCGUCCAGCGGCUUCGUGACGAGGGAUUCUCCGAGGAACAAGCCGUAGCUAUGAUGCGUGUACUCAACGAUGUUAUUGAAGAGAGCAUCCAAAACCUCACUCGCACCAUGGUUCUCCGCGAAGAGCAAGAAAAAGCAACAUAUACUCAGAAAGUCGACUUCGCCAAGCUCCGCUCUGAGCUUCUUUCGGCGGACAGCACCGAGUCAUCUCUGACGCGUGCAUCGCAUGAGCGGUUGACAAAUGACCUCGCCAAGUUAAAUUCACGCCUGCGUGAUGAAAUUGGGCGAACUCAGGCCAGCGUCAGGCUGGACUUGAACCUCGAAAAGGGCCGUAUUCGUGAGGAGGCCAAUGUGCAGGAACUCAAGAUCAAGGAGACGGAAACGCGCAUUGAGCAAGAAGUUGCCGGAUUGCGAGAGCGAGUCGAGGGUGUCAAGUUCAGUACGCUGCAGUGGUUGAUGGGUGUAUGUACCGGUACGGCGGCAUUGAUUCUUGGUGUGUGGCGCUUGUUGAUGUGAUUAUUCAACACCAAGCGUAUACCUGUUUCCCCUUUUUCUUUUUCGAAUUGGAACAAGUCAAAAUAUGUACAUAGACUUUGAUGUUUACGGGAUCUAUUCACAUUCAUGUUUAUCACAUUAUGGAGCGGCGGCAAUGGAGAUUUUUAACUUUCCAAAUUCAAUCCGCGCGCCAUGGUCAACCAAGGGAAAAAAGCUAAAGCCAACAAGGCAUAUAUGAAUUCGUAGCCUCCUUCAUUAUCAAAAUACUAUACCACGCAAACGCCGGAGAAACCAGCACCUCACACGGUGCCCAGUCAUGCCAAACUCGCGCCAAAAAAUAAAAAAAUAAAAAAAAUAAAAAAUGAAGACUCGAAAACGCUCCCUGAAGCUCAAAU